AUGGUACCACUCGUUGUCCCCGUAGAGGGGCUCAUCCUACCUCCCGAUCCUACCACUUCAUCCGAGGACGAUGAGAUGAACCUCUCUCAGGUCAUACAAUUAGACUUGGAAAAUGGCAUGCUCUACGAUCUGAUGAAAGCAGCUCGCCAUGGAGUCCGAGGUCCACAGCUGUCAUUUGGAAAGUCCAUAUCACUUCACUACGGUAGCAAGACUCGAGCUCUUUCUUCGAGUCUGACCUCAUUUCCCUCUUACCUGUACACCAGUUCAGGCGAACAUACGCAAACAAUCAAUUACGCUGGUCAACUCAGUCAUCAGUUGGAACUACAGAAAGCGAAGAAGGAAAUUGCUGGUGCUGACGACGCCCUAGCCAAACUUCAAAGCUCCCUUGCAUCCGAGAAGGAAGCAAAACAAUCGCAUCAAAUCAAAUUUGUCCCGGAUUCCUCUAACCUACCUCCAGCAAAGAAGCAAACCGUGGCCAGCCUGAGGCAAGGCCACAGCAAGGGAGGCUCUCUAUCAUUUCUCAAGAAAAAUAAGGAAUCUAUCACUCGCUCAAUGCCUUCAAGCCCAGCAAUUGGGCCCUUUCGCCCACCUGUUUCUUCAAACCCGAUCCCGAAAUCCACCAUCCCUCUUUCAACCGGUCGUGCACCAAGGGCUCAAGCAAUACGCAAGUCUCUGAUUCAUCUCCUCGCGUCUUGUAGUCAUACGACCAAGAAGCUGGCUCAGCAGCUAUGUUGUAAGGAGGAAGACAUACUCCUUGGUCUCUCAAAAGUUGGUAAAGGCAUUGGUGAAGACCAGUGGGAUUUGAAAGACUCAAUAUUCAAAGAGCUAGAUGUUUGGAAGUUUCCAUACACGUCGAACGAAGAGCGCGAGUCGGCUAUUGAUCGUGCAGUCUCCGCUUUCGACCGAAUGCGUCUAUCCUCUCAAGACAUCCUUUUUCAGAAGUUACUCGCUAAAGAAGAACGUGGAAAAGGAAAAUCACUUUCAAGAUUGAAUCAUCUGAACAAGGGCCCGAUCCAACAUAGCAGCACACCCAGAAUCCAUGUUCACAAUUCUGACGAGCCCGGUAAGCGAUCAUCAGAAGGUGAGGAGGAUCGUAAGUCUCGGCCUCCUACACAGGGGAAGGAACCAUCAGGCCGCUCAAAAUCUCAUGAAGCAACCAAGAAGACGAAGGCUAGUGAGAAAGAAGCACAGUCCAAGCGCCUAUUGUCCAAGGGUCCUAAAAAGAUUGCCCCAUUAGAAAAGGACAAGGAGGGCCAUCCAGCCGGGAAGAAAGGAGUGAAGAAAGUAAAUACUCCUCUCUCUAGUGAGUUUGUGCAUGAUUCAGACGAAGAGGAUGGCCUUGAAGAGUCAAUAGUUAUGCAGAGUGAAGCGCCAAAUUCGGACGGCCUUGAAGUGAAGCCUGAAGAGGAUCGCAGGUCCCACGCUAAAUCGAAACUUAAAAGACCAGUCCCUUCGAGAUCCGACACGACUAUUAAACUGGAGGAAGCUGGCAAUACCCAGACCAAGAAAUCGUCGAGGGCCUCCACAUCAGGCCCCUCAAAUGGAACUACGAAGCCCAAGCCUCGCGAAGCAGUUUCAGAGCGAAGCAGUCCUAAUAAGUCAGCCGUCGAUCAACACAGAAUAGCCCAAAUGACCGCACAGAAAGCACCUACUAAGAAGCCUGAGGUUUCCAAGAGAUCAGCCCCUACCUCCAAGCCCAAACCUUCGGAUGAUAGUCAAGGUAGUGCGCCAUUGGAGGCAAAGGUAUCUCGAUCACGAAACACAAGCUCGCCUCACAAACCGUCACCACUGGCAUCAUCGCCACCCGCAAAUGCUUCUGAUAUGGACGAAAACGGCGAGUCCUCCGCGUCAUCAACGCCUCUUAUGGACAUGAAAGAUCGUGAUAGCCAAGAUAAAGCUGAAAAGUCUAGUGCUGCAUUUAAUGCGCCAGAGCGGGUAGUAAAGCGCAAGAUCUCUCAGUUGGAAAUCAGCUCUCAGGGUCGCAACAGCGGUUUACUCAACGGUCAUUCUGCCGACCUGCCUAAUGGCCGUGUUAAGCCGUCGAAGCGGCCAAGAACGAGUGAGCUCACUCCGCCCUCGUCUAAUAGUCCAAGUCCUCCCCCGGCAAUAUCAUCUAGAGCUUCUGUUCUCACAAAGGCCCAAGAUUUCAAAGACCGGUAUUAUCCCAAGUACACCAAGCUGUAUCACCAGUUGGAAACGGCGGACUCUCCCGAUCCGGACAAAGUCGCUGAGCUUUGGAAGAUGCACGAUCGUUUAGCAGCGAUAAAGGUAGAAAUCAAGGCUGAAUGGUUAGCUGAGGUCCGGCAUGCAAACUAA